AUGUCUCGCCCUGAAUCUCGCUACUCCUUUGAUGUCCCAAACCCUUGCAUCAACUUUGCCACUCUGAGUGAUGAUGAUGUACAGAACCCAGACUCCUGGUUUGACCAAAAAGCCAAUCUGGAGAAUGUUCCUCCUGGUGAAAAUCUGGCCAAGGUCUCACUGAGCAGCCCUGCUCUUACAAAGCCUGAUCUUCUGUCCUCUUGCCCAUCACAAGAAAUAAAAGGUGAAAGCCAUGGUGAAGAUGAUGGCCAGGCAAAGGGUGUGCAGUCCAGCACAGUUCCUCCCAACAUUGUUGGAUCCCUGACGAGCUGGAGAGCUGCUGCUGCUCCUGCAGAGGCCCCUCAGAGAGCAGGCAGAAGGCAGGCUGCAAAGCAGAGGAAAUCACAACGCAAGCAGCCAGGCAGAGUGGCCGUGGAGAGGAGUGCUGAUGCCUUGGCUAAUAAGGAAGAUGUCCCACCCCCCAAAAAAAUGAGGAUCCUCAGGGUGCCAGGGAGAUCUAGACCAUUUCUACCUAUGGUGAGUUCUAGCAGCAGAGAGAAGCUGACAGAAGGCUCCAUGAAGAAAGAGCCCCUGCAGAAUGCUGAGCUCUCACCAGGGAGGGGGAAGAGCAAGCUGACCAUGCCCUCCACACCAAGGAUGCUGAAGAGGACCAAUCUCUCUGAGAAGCCAAAGAGCACAGAGGAGCAGGAGCUGGAGAAGAUGCAGCAGCUGCAACGGGAGGUGAUGGAGCUGCGGAAGAAGAAUGAGGAAUCUCUGAAGGCAGCAAUUGCUGGAGCAGGACAACCCCUGAAGAGAUCUGGUGGUCAAGUAACAAAACCACUUGAUUUCCACUUCCGCACGGAGGACAGAAUUAAGCAGCAUGGGGAGAGCCAGCCUGGGAACCAGUACAAGGAAGUGGAUUUUGCAGCAGUGCUGAGGAAACAUCCUCCUUCCCCGGCAAGACUGCCAAAGGGACCCACUGUCCCCAAACCAUUCAAUUUGUCCCAAGGAAGCAAAAGGAAACUGGAAGAAGCCACCCCAGAGUACAUGUCCCUUGCUGAGCAGGUAGAAGCCUUCCAGAAACGCACUCCCCCACGCUACCACUUGAGGAGCAGGAAAUCUGAUGAGGGCCCAGCUCCACGGAAGGUGGCCAAGGCUCGGCUUACAAACCCCAAGACCCCACUGCUGCUGACCAAGCAGCGCUUCAGACCUGCCACCUGCAAGACAGCAGCAGAGCUAGAAGCAGAGGAACUAGAAAAAAUUCAACAGCACAAAUUCAAAGCACGAGAACUUGAUCACAAAAUCUUUGAGGGUGCACCACUCCUGCCCAAGAAACCCCCUGUGAAGGAGCUCACCCAGCCUGUUGGCUUUGAGUUGGAGAUAGAGAAAAGGAUCCAGGGGCGUGAGAGUAAGAAGCAGCAGGAGGAAGAGCACUUUGAGUUCCAUUCCAGGCCCUGCCCAACAAAAAUCCUGGAGGACGUUGUGGGUGUUCCAGAGAAGAAGCCUCUUCCUGUGACAGUCCCCAAGUCUCCAGCCUUCACCUUGAGAAGCAGAACCCGGGCCCCUGUCAAAGAGGAAGUGAAGGAAAAAGAAGUGGUGCCUGUGAUCAAAGCUAACCCCAUGCCAUACUAUGGAGUGCCCUUCAAACCCAAGCUGCCAGAGGCAAGGCACGUGGAAGUUUGCCCCUUCUCUUUUGAUGCCCGUGACAAAGAGAGGCAGAUCCAAAAAGAGAGAAAAAUAGAACAACUGCAGAAGGAAGAGGUGCCAAAGUUCAAAGCACUGCUUCUGCCUUACUUUGACCAAGUCAAGCUCCCAGAAAAGAAGGUGAAAAACCCAACUCAGCCUGAGCCCUUCAAUCUGCAGGUUGAUGAGAGGGGAGCUGCCAAGAUGCAGAGCUGGAAACAGCAGCUUAAAGAAGACUUGAAAAGGCAGAAGGAGGCAGCCUGUUUUAAAGCUCGUCCCAACACAGUGGUGUACCAGGAGCCUUUUGUGCCCAAAAAGGAAAGCAAGCAGUUAUCAGAGAGCCUUUCUGGUUCUGUAGUUCCUGAAAGCUUUGAGCUGGCAACAGAGAAAAGAGCUAAAGAGAGACAGGAGUUUGAAAAGCUCCUGGCAGACCUCGAAGCCUCAAAGGAGAGGCGCCAGGAGUGGCUCAGGCAGCGGAAAGAGGAGCGUGAAAAGGAAGAGGUUGCUAAGCUAAGGCAAGAACUGGUCCACAAAGCAAACCCCAUCCGCAGGUACCGCAGCCUGGAGGUGAAGCCCAGUGAGCAGCCUCUCACCACGCCCAAGUCUCCCAACUUCUCCGACCGAUUCCGCUGCUGACAGAGCAGCAGCAGCCCCCUGCUCAUAACAGCAAGGAGGGAUCCCAUCCCUCUCCAUUCCCUCAGCAGGCACAGAGGGAAGAGUUUUUAUGUCACUGCUCAGUCUUGGUGCCUGUUCUUGGUUCCUUGUUUUUGUUUUUUUUUUCAUUCCUGGGAGUAGUUUUGUCUCUACCUGAGGCAGGUGGCUGAGGAACAGAUGGGCA